AUGUCAGACGUUAAAGGAUACAUUAUUACGCUCAAGGAAGACACACCCGACUCGACUGCCGAGUCAAUCAAGAACAAAAUCAAGCAGAUUGGGGGCAAGAUCACCAACGAGUUCAGCUUGAUCAAAGGGUUCGCGGUGCAAUUGCCUGUUAUUCAUGCUGAGAGCUUGGGCAAGGACCACCCCGAGAUCGCCAACGUCGAAGAAGAUAAGGAAGUCCACACUCAAUAG